AUGCCACGCAGGCGCCACAGCUCAGAUGGCUUCCUCUCGACCAACUCGGUUGCCAGCAUUAACUCUGUGCCGCUCACACGGCAGGUCCUGGUGGAGUUUUUUGAGAACUGUUGGAGUGUGUCCUGUUUGGCCCUCUUCAUCCUCCUCUAUGCGCGGCUGCUGCUUCGCGUGAACCUCUUCUCCUUGGCAAUGGCGGCCUACCUGUUCCUAGCCGUCGUCGGGCUCACGAUGUUCGGCCUGGGAAUCCGCCAUGGCUUGAUGCCGCUGGGGGAACAGGUCGGCACCAGCCUGCCUCAGUCAGCGCCGAAGGUGCUGGUGUUCGUGACUGUCUUUUGCCUUGGCAUCCUGUGCACCAUUGCCGAGCCUGCAAUCGGCACUCUCGAAGCUGCGGGACAGGAUACCGACGAGGAUCGGGCACCGCUUCUGAGGCGGAUCCUUGCCCAGCCCUUCAUACUGAUGCUGGGCGUUGGGGUGGGCGUGGGCUGUGCGGCCGUCUUCGGCUGCGUGCGCCUACUCUACGACCUGAGCAUCAAGCGCUGCAUCUUUGCUACGGUGUUUCCCACUCUGGCCUUGACCCUCUUCUGCGUCAGCGAGGGCGGCACCUUCCCGGAAAUCAGCGGCCUAGCCUGGGAUUGCGGCGCCGUGACGACUGGCCCCGUCACGGUACCCAUCGUCCUGGCUUUGGGUAUUGGCAUCGCCGGCACAUCGCGUGACUCAACAGCUUCCGUGGACGAGCCGAGCUUGUCCGGAUUCGGGAUUGUGACAUUUGCGUCGCUCUUCCCUGUCUUCAGUGUUUGGGCCAUUGGCUGGGCCUUUGGUGGCCGCUCCGUCACGAUUGACCCCUUCGAUGACGCGUUCGCGCCGCUCAUCCCACCAGGAAAGGUGGGGAUCGGAGACGUCCAACCACAGGUGGAUGUGAUCUCCGCGUGCGUUGAAGCUUGCCGGGCAGUGCUGCCCCUAGCAGGCUUCCUGCUGCUUGUCCUCCUGCUGCUUCGGGAAAGGCUCCAAAACUUUCUGGUGACACUGACGGGACUCCUGUGCUGUUUGGUCGGGAUGUUCCUUUUCACUUUGGGGCUGGAUGGCGGCCUCGUUCCCUUGGGCGCCGGCGCCGGUGCGCACCUCCCGAACGCUGUCCGGUUCUACGGACAAACCUGGGGAUCGCUGGUUCUCCUGGGCUUCGGCUUCCUUGCCGGAUUGCUGGCCACCUUUUCGGAGCCUGCCCUUGCUGCACUGGGCAAGACGGUUGAGCAGCUGAGCCGAGGCGCCUACUCGAAAGAGAAGCUGGUCCUCUCGGUGGCUCUUGGCGUUGGCUUUGGCAUCUCCCUAGGCAUGGCCAAAGUGUACUUUGACCUACCACUCUUCAUGAUCCUGCUCGUGGGCUAUCUGCUGUGCCUUGUGCUGACUUUUCUGGCAGAUGAGGUGAUCGUCUGCAUCGCCUGGGAUUCUGCCGGGGUGACGACUGGUCCUGUGACGGUGCCUAUCGUCUUAGCUGCUGGCUUGGCGCUGGGCAAGGAGUCGACGGCUUCAGAGGGCUUCGGCCUCCUAAGCUGCGCCUCCAUAGGCCCCAUCUUGGCUGUGCUGAUUAGCAGCCUCCUGGCGCCUUCUACAACACGUCGCAGCUCCGACCCGGCGACCACGGAACUCCGAAACCUCGCUUUCCGCUCCCAAGCGCAAUCCGUCUUCGAGAGUUCGACCUUCGAGGGCCCAGCCACGACCUUCUGA